AUGAAUAGAUAAUAUGCUUUAAGAUCAAAUAUUGAAAAUAUAUUUUUAAAACAAUCGACCUUCACAUUGGCUGACAAUUUAUCUUCUAUUCGAAAAUAAUAUGAUGGCAAUAUCGCCUACUUUGGAUAAGGAGCUGCAUAAUUCUUACAAAAUUUACCGAACAAUUUAUAGCCUAAAACCAUAUAUUUAUGUGAUAUUGACUUAGAUUUUUUGGAAUAGAGCUUAUAAUAACUUAACAAUGAUGAACAAUUAAGAGGAAAAUUUUAAAUCUAGAAAGUCUCUGAAAUGAAUUCUUAAGGCAAUAAAACAAUAGUGGUUCCAAUUUGUUGUGAUGAGGAUUUUUGGCCUUUCUUGGAUGGCCAUCUUCAAUUAAUAGUAUCAAAUAUGAAUUUGCAUUGGGUAAAUGACUUGCAAGUAGUUUUAAUAAAAUGGUUAGAAAGCUUAGAACCAGAUGGUACAUUAGUUGGAUCAAUAUUUGGUUCUGAUACUCUAUAAGAAUUGCGAAUCUCAUUUUCUUUAGCUGAAAAUGAACGAUUUGGAGGAGUUUCAUAACAUGUGUCUCCCUUCAUUUCUAUUACAGAAAUGGGAAACUUGUUAGCAAGAUUAAAAUUCACCCUGCCUACAAUAUGCACCGAAAGAAACCUUUAUGAGUUUGAUUCUGUAUAUCAUUUGAUGCAAUAUAUUUAGGAUAUCGGAGAAGGCGAAGCAUUGAUUUAAAAAAGGAUAGGCACUUUUAAAGAGACAACCCAAAGUGUAAGUGCUAUCUAUGAAUCCUUAUUUAAAAAUGAGAAUAUGAAGGUGAAUAGUACAUUUGAAUAAAUUUACUUUUCUGCUUGGAAGUAUCACGAAUCAUAAUCUAAACCAAAAUCCAGAGGUUCAGCCACUGUUUCAUUACAAUAAUUAGAGAAAGAAAUACAUCAAAUAGCACCUGAAGACAAAAUUAUAUACGGAACCUUAACUGAGGAUGAUAUUUAAGAAGAUCUGAUUGAGGAUAAAUAAGGAACUAAAAAAAAAGAUUGA